CACCUUGGGAAAAAACUGUAGCUGAGAAGAGGGCCACCCCACAAGAGCCAAGGCCUUUGGCUGGAGCAAUCCAGUAUUGCUGAGCCGAAGCUUGGGGUCCGGGCAACAAAUAUCCUGAUUUCAUUCUUUUCCCAUCCUCUAAUCUACUGGUGCCUCCCACUGGCUGACUCCACCUGGAAGCCAGAGAACCAUGGAGGCCAGCUGAUGCCCAUCUCACAGCCUGAUCCGGCCUGAAGAUGACAUUGCUGGCCUCUGUGGUGUCCUGCUCCCGUGCCCGGCUCUUCACCUGCUUCCUCAGGCUGGGCUCUCAGCAGGCCAGCCCCCUGCAGCUGCACACAGGGGCCAGCCUCGCAGCCAAGAGCCACUAUGAGGUGCUGGUGCUGGGUGGGGGCAGUGGUGGGAUCAGCAUGGCUGCCCGCAUGAAGAGGAAAGUGGGCGCAGAGAAUGUGGCCAUCGUUGAGCCCAGCGAGACACAUUUCUACCAGCCCAUCUGGACCCUGGUGGGUGCUGGUGCCAAACCAUUAUCCUCAUCUGGCCGUCCCACAGCAAAGGUGAUUCCAUCUGGUGUGGAGUGGAUCAAAGCUAGGGUGGUUGAUCUGAAUCCAGACAAGAACUGCAUCCACACAGAUGAUGACAAGAAGAUCUCCUACAAAUAUCUUAUCAUUGCUCUUGGAAUCCAGCUGGACUAUGAGAAGAUCAAAGGCCUCCCUGAAGGUUUUGCCCAUCCCAAAAUAGGGUCCAAUUACUCAGUGAGGACGGUGGAGAAGACAUGGAAAGCUCUGCAGGACUUCAAGGAGGGCAAUGCCAUCUUUACCUUCCCUAACACUCCAGUGAAGUGUGCCGGGGCCCCGCAGAAGAUCAUGUACUUAUCAGAAGCCUAUUUCAGGAAGACUGGAAAGCGACCCAAGGCCAAUAUCAUGUUCAACACUUCUCUUGGAGCCAUUUUUGGGGUCAAGAAGUAUGCAGAUGCCCUACAGAAGAUUAUCCAGGAGAGGGCCCUCACCGUUAACUACAAGCAAAAUCUCAUUGAAGUCCGAGCUGAUAAGCAAGAGGCUAUUUUUGAGAAUCUGGACAAACCUGGAGAGACCCAAGUGAUUUCAUAUGAAAUGCUUCACGUUACACCACCCAUGGGCCCACCAGAUGUCCUUAAGACGAGUCCUGUGGCUGAUGCUGCCGGCUGGGUGGAUGUGGACAAAGACACUCUGCAGCACAAGCGGUACCCAAAUGUGUUUGGGAUCGGGGACUGUACCAACCUGCCGACAUCAAAGACCGCUGCCGCCGUAGCUGCCCAAUCAGGAAUACUUGACAGAACAAUUUCUCUGAUUAUGAAGAAUCAAAGACCAGUGAAGAAGUAUGAUGGCUACACGUCGUGUCCGCUGGUAACUGGCUACAACCGUGUGAUUCUUGCGGAGUUUAACUACAACGCCGAGCCCCUGGAAACCUUCCCUUUUGACCAGAGCAAAGAGAGACUUUCCAUGUACCUCAUGAAGGCUGACAUGAUGCCGUUCCUCUACUGGAAUUUGAUGCUGAGGGGCUACUGGGGAGGACCAGCGUUUCUGCGGAAAUUGUUCCAUCUGGGUCAGAGCUAAGGAUGGCCCAGCCCUUGCUCUCCCUGGAUGGCUUCUGGACUGGAAUCACAGCCAUGGAUUGACCAAGAGCAGCACGAAGAACUCAAAACCCAACCCUAUAAAGAAUUUACUGCUGGAUGACAGUGACUAAAUGCCUCCCUUCUCAGUCCCUCCGGGCAGCUCUCAUGCAGGCUGCUCAGGACAAGCUUAAUUAUUUGGAAACAUUCAAAUGAAAUAAAAUAGACUUCUAUUUUUUAAAUAAAAGCUUCCACUGAUUGAGAUUCUA